AUGAAAUCCCUUCAAUUAUCUCGCACCGAUACGAGUGCGCCUCCAAAUUUUGCGCAAGCAAUCCUACCCAUCCCCCGCCCGAAACCCGGUCAUGCGUUGAUCCAAAUACUUUAUGCUUCAAUCCAACCAUCUGAUCGGAUGAACGCACAAGGAGGCUUCCCAUAUACCACGUAUCCCCGGAUUCCAGGCCGCGACUACUCAGGCGUGGUAAUUGAUGUCGCCGACGAGAGCAAGGACGCCAAAUACUGGAUAGGCAAGAGUGUCUACGGAACGAGUGGUUCAACUCUGGGCUUUGAAGUCGAUGGGACACACGCCCAGUACUGCCUGGUGCCUCAAGCUGCGCUUGUUGAAAAACCAGCGACCCUUUCACACAUCCAAGCCGCCACCGUUGGUGUCCCGUUUACCACGGCGCUACUGUGUCUUCGCCGUGCGCAGGUGAGCUCAAAGGAUAUCGUCCUUGUGUUGGGCUCCAAUGGAGCUGUUGGAUCCGCAGCGGUGCAGAUGGCUAAAGCGAUGGGAGCCAAGCAAGUGUUGACUGCAGCGAGACGCGCCGACUCGAAUCCCGAUAUAAUAUUGCCUACAAAGGACAUCACAUCUGUGCUGGAAGAAAAAAUCUCGACUCUUACCCGUGGUCAUGGAGUGGAUGUGGUCAUUGAUACCGUGGGAGAUCUGGAGUUGAUGUCAGCUACAAUGGAACAAUUGGCAACCUAUGGUCGCUUUGCAUGGAUUGCAGCUCCUAGGGGGAAUGUUGACAAAAGCAUUUCGUUGGACGUGUUCCAAACAUAUCGCAAAGGAUUAUCCCUGCUUGGGUGUAACUCAGUGUCACCCCCCGUUGAAGAGUUAGCAGAGCAAUUGCGAUCUAUGAGCGAUUGGAUUGACCAAGGACUGUUGAAGGCUCAGAGUGAGAAGGACUUUGAUCUAGUUACCUUGGAUAAUGCCAUUGAGCAUGGAUAUUGUAGGACUGGAAAGGUUGUCAUUGAUAUGUCAUGA